AUGAGUUCCGGCGGAAUCCAGCGGAUUCCAAGCGGAAUGUCGGAAUUCCAUGGAAUUCCAACGGAAACUAGUUGGCUGGAGCCUCAGCCAUUCUGGUUUCCAAUUCCAUGGAAAUUCCAAUGGAAUCCAACGGAAUCUGGUGGAAAUGGUCGGAAUCCGGGAGCCUCCCGGAACAGUUUCCAUUGGAAUCCAUUGGAAUUCCAACCAGAUUCCAUGGAAUUCCAAUGGAAAUGUUUUGCUGUCAACCACAACCACAACCACCACCAUCACCACGACCAGCGCACCACCACCACCAGCACACACAACGGCGAACGGCGACGACCGCCCACAACGACGGCGAACGGCGACGACGCCCACAACGACCACCCACCACCACGAACAGACGGCAACGGACAGCACACAACAACGACCAAACGACACGAGCGCCCACACCACCACCCCAUCACUCCCUACCAACGACAAGCGAAGCCCACCACGUCAACGGAUGCCCACGCCCACGCCAACGACGACGCGCACGACGACGUCAACGGACACGCCAACAACGACGUGCACGACCACGUCGAUGGACCACCGCCACGUCAACGGACGCCAACGACGACGCCAACGGACCACCACCACGUCAACGGACGACGACGACGAUGCCAACGGACGACGACGACGAUGCCAACGGAUGACGACGACGCCAACGGACGACGACGCCAACGGACGCGACGCCAACGGACGACGACGACGACGACGCCUCCAAUGGACGACGACGCCAACGGACGACGUCGACGAUGCCAACGGACGGCCACGUCAACGACGACGAGCGCGUCCCGCUCCACCACGUACACACGGCGACGAGUGUUCCUCCUCCCCCUUUUCUUUCCCUCCCCCCUUCCUGCUUUCCUUUUCCCUUCCCCUGUCCCUCCAUGUACCCCUUUCCUCUCUCCUCCCUCUUUCCCUCCUCAUUUCUCUGUCCCUACUCCCUUCCCCCUUCCUUUUCCCUGUCCAUACUCCCUUCCCCCUUCCUUUUCCCUGUCCCUACUCCCUUCCCCCUUCCUUUUCCCUGUCCCUACUCCCUUCCCCCUUCCUUUUCCCUGUCCCUACUCCCUUCCCCCUUCCUUUUCCCUGUCCCUACUCCCUUCCCCCUUCCUUUUCCCUAUCCCUACUCCCUUCCCCCUUCCUUUUCCCUGUCCCUACUCCCUUCCCCCUUCCUUUUCCCUAUCCCUACUCCCUUCCCCCUUCCUUUUCCCUGUCCCUACUCCCUUCCCCCUUCCUUUUCCCUAUCCCUACUCCCUUCCCCCUUCCUUUUCCCUGCCCAUCCCUUCCUUCCUCCACCCCCAUUUAUUUCUGCCCCCCUCCCCCCCCCCUUCUUUCAACUUAGAAUACACACUUCAAUAUAUGAGAAUUUGA